AUGAUGCGUGGAAUAGAACGAAGAAAAGAAGGAUAUGCGGUGUUCUGGGAGAUCAAACGCGAAGUCAUACGGAUGUCAGCUGGUCGAUAUGUCGAUACGUGGAGCGAGUGGUGGACCGGAGAGUGCGAUCGAGUCGCGUUUCAUCAACGCUCCGACGACGAAUCUAAGGCGAUCAAGUUUAAUAUGGACGUGUUGCAUAAGGGAUGGUUCACAGAAUUUUCACCAGACGACUUGGAGCGAAUGAAACAGGAAGGAUCGGGUGACUCGAAACAAUUGAAAUCAGACGGGAUUUCGAUGGGUGGAGCCUGGCCUGGUCAGGCUUUCUCUCUCAAAGUGAAGGAGAUUUUAUUCCAUGAGAAGAGUGAAUACCAGGAUGUGCUUGUCUUCAAGAGUGAAACAUAUGGAAAUGUCCUGGUUUUGGACGGAAUCAUCCAAGCAACAGAACGAGACGAAUUCUCUUACCAAGAAAUGCUCGCUCAUUUGCCUAUGUUUGCUCAUCCCAAUCCAAAGAAGGUUUUAAUCAUUGGUGGUGGUGAUGGUGGAAUUUUGCGAGAGGUUCUGAAACAUCCAGAAGUGGAGCACGUGACGAUGUGCGAAAUCGACCGAGUUGUGAUUGACGUCUCAAAAAAGUUCCUGCCAGGCAUGUCUUGCUGUUUCUCCAGUCCUAAGCUGAAUUUGUUUUGUGGUGAUGGUUUCGAGUUUUUGAAGAAGCACAAGAACGAAUUCGAUGUGAUUAUUACCGAUUCCUCGGAUCCAGUAGGACCGGCCGAAAGCUUAUUUGGACAAUCCUAUUAUGAAUUGUUGCGUGAUUCACUUAAUGAGAAUGGAGUGCUUUCAUCGCAAGGUGAAAGUGCUUGGUUGCAUCUUGGCUUGAUUUCUCACAUGGUUCGCUUUAACCGUACCUUAUUUGCUAACGUAAGGUACGCUCAAUCACCUGUUUCCACGUAUCCUUCCGGGACGAUGGGCUACAUUAUCUGUUCGAAAUCGGAUCUUGACGUAACCACUCCGUCGCGUACACUCUCGGAUGAUGAUGUGAAGAAGAUGAAAUUACGGUUCUACAACUCUCAGAUGCAUUCAGCGGCCUUUGUUUUACCUCAGUUCGUUAAGGAGGAACUGGAAAAGAAGUGA